AUGUCUGUCGGCGUUUGGUUUUCUGUGCAACCUGUGCGCAAUCAGGGGCGGGCCGAACUUCUUUCACUGGUACCUCCCACUAACAGUGUUGUUGAGUUUGGCGCUUUUGUUCGUCCUGUCGGCGUACCACGGCUUGUUGAUGGUUUAUAUGGUUCACUUGCCGCUGGUGUCGUUCACGUUGACUGGGGUUCCUUGCAUUCUGCUGGUGGCGGAGUGUUUUGCUAUCAACGCUAUGUGAAGUUGGGCCAGCUGAUUGCUGCAUACCGUUUGAACCCUGCACGAUACCUGGGUUCAUUCGGCUCCAUCGAGGCACUCGAGGACGAUUUUUUACCGCCCAACAACCCUUCGGUGGGUGAAGCUGCGACUCCUGUGAAGAAGUCGAGCAUCCCUCUGCACCAUUGCCCCCCAGGAGAUGCCGAAAGUGUGCCGAACACUGACGCUGACUGGUCUAGAUUUGAACAAGACAAUUUGACGCAUGGGAAGCGCCGGGUUUCGGUGGAACACAUUGAGCCCUUGCACUUCCAGAAUAUGGUUCGCCAUGGACACCCUCAGGUCGCUUCGGAGUCCGACGGGGCGAACCACAGUAGUCCGGUCAACAUGGAUUUGGAGGAGAUUAGAAAGCACUACAAACCCAAGCCAGGGGGUUACAUCGAGUCGCUACUGCAGUCUCAUUACACGGAUGAAGGAUCCAACAAGAGUGGAGUGUCAAACGGCACAGAGACGGCAGCGGAUGGGAGCCCUGCCGAAUCAACGCCGACUGCAUCUCAGAAGGCUCGCAAUGUAACGUGGAAGCAGCGGCAUUCAGCCCAUUCCAACGAAGCUCCGGAAUCCGUGCAAACUGAGACUGGUGCCGUAGUACCGGAGCCGUCGGAGCGGGAGUACUGCACCGUGCGUUCUGCGGAGUCGGCUCCUAAACAUCGCUCAUCUAUUCAAAGCUCGAAGACUAUCGUUGUUUCAGGCCCAGUUGAUAUAGAACACGAAAGCCGGUCCUAUGUCAUAACGGCAUUGAAAACUUUGCGGCAGUUUUCUCUCUCUUCGCAUGGCGCCGUAACACCCGAGAACAGCGCCGUGUGUGCGCGCAAGGGUGACAGCAAAUCGUGGCGUAGCUCGUAUGACGAGUUGCGUAGUAUGACCAGGACUCUUCAAUUGGAUGCAGCUUUGGCGUUUCAUAAUGAAAAGUCGUUGGUAAACUGCCAGAUAGAUGGCAUGCGCAUAGGUUCGUUUGAAGGUGCCGGAUAUACACAGUCCAAUCGUCGGGCGCCGCACGACGCUGUGCGUUUUAACGAUGGUCAGACUCGGGUGCUUUCUCCUUUAAAUUUGCGUGCAUCUGGGUGUAUGAGUCAAUUGAGUUGGUCGCACUCCGAUGCAAGCUUUGCGCACCCGACGACGUCAAGUGCAACGCUGAAUGCUCUGAUUCGCGUGAUGCCCAAUUGCGGCUACCGUGUUAUUGUGGCCGCGAUCCGGAUGGUGCAUCGCAUGAGCAACGUACGCGAGUUGAUCGCCCACUAUACCUGGACUCAGACACCGCGCAUGCCAGGCACAAACGGCGUUGGAUUCUUUGCGCAUACGCGUAUCGAGGGAUGGUAUGUUGAAUGGAUGCACGAAUUCAACAUGACCUUCUACAAGUGUACAAUAAAUGAGACGAUGCUAAUAUUCGUGUUGGCGCUGUUAUCGGAUAUCUUGGUGGUAGUGCGUUUGUACAGCACUUUGGAACCAGGAUACGCGUCGGAUCAUUUCUUUUCCACUUUGCGCAUAGUGAUUCUUACGCUACGCUAUGUUGCCUACCCUGCUGGCAUGAUGUUCUCGUUAUGCCACCUGAAGGCAAAGGGAAUUACGAAAAAUGCGGUGAUUUACUAUCGGUCGCUCGUGAUGCUCUGCAUGGCCAAUAUGUGUCUGACCUUUAUCGACUUAUGGGCGUCCCUGGGUGUUUUCAAGGCCGGAUUUUCGCUGCAUAAUUCGCUCUACGCAUGCAGUGCGAUGACAACGACAAGUUUGAUGUUGUUUACCCGCCCUCCGAUUCUGCUUUGUCUGUUCGGCAUUAGUAUUUUUAGCUACGCGUGUUUGUUAUGGACAGCUGGAUAUACCGUCGGUUGGUGCAUUUUGGAGCUGGUUACUCAGUUGGUGGUUGCAGCCGGUUGUUUGAUGUUCUUCGUGCGCCCAGUCGACACAAACAGAAGGAAGCUUUUUUGUCUUUACACGCUCCCGUACCUCUUCUACCUCGAAGCUAUGCGUUCUUGA